AUGGGUCCCAAAAAGACAUCUGGAUCAUCAAAGGUGGGAGGAGCAGGCAGCCAGGGCGAACGACUUGGCCAGAGCGGCACGAAAAAGGCCUUGGAGAAGAUAUUCCGGUCGCUGAGUCAGGAGGAGCGUGACGCCCUUCUUCAUGUGAGUGAGGAAGAGGGGGAACUGGAGGAGGCGGACGAGGAGACGGACGAGGAGACGGACGACGGAGCGGAAAAGCCGGCAUUUCGCACAGCGGACCUGAAGAAGUCGUGGCCUUCGAAAACGCGUCGAUUUUCAGACGAAGAUACGGAUGUGGAAGUGGACGCAGGGGGUGAAGAGGAUCCUAGGGGGGCAGCAGCGGGGGACGAGGCGGACGAGCCAGAGCUGGCAGAGGUGGUUGAGGAGGCCAAGAUGAGCGGUGGGCGACGGUCGUCUAUUUUAUCUUCUGGAGGCCGUACAAUCGACUGUAUGGCGCAAGAUCUGAAGGUGUUGGGGCGGCCGCCUAACCUUGACAAGCAUAAUCUAGACGUUGUCCAGGCCGCUCGGAAGGAAUUAGACCGGAUUGGCGAAUUCAAAUACCAAUUGCGUAAGGACCUACCGGCUGAUCCAGCCUUGGGGAAGGUCUAUCGUAAGGUAGCGCGAGAGGGAAAAUAUCAUUCGUUUACGCUUCACGACGGUCUCUUGUUUUUCACCAACGAUCGCCUCUGCAUCACGCAAACCCUAGCCGAAAGCCUUAUUCGCUUGUGUCAUGACGCAGCCGGACAUCCAGGGCUUCAUCGGACGGAAGACAUUGUUCGCCGAUCCUUCUUCUUGCCUCACGCUCGCAGACGAAUCCUCGAUCGCAUUUCACGAUGCCCGAAUUGCCAGCUGUCUAAGCCACCCAACCACGCUCAGUGGGGCAAAUCACACCCCAUCUCGUCCCCGAAAGAGCCGUUCGAGGUCCUCUCGAUAGAUUUCAUUACCGGACUGCCCGUAAGCGACAGCCGUGACACUAUAUUGACAGUCACGGACAAAUUCUCCAAAGCCGUGAUUCUAGUCGCAGGGCAAGAGAAGUGGGACGCGCCGCGGUGGGCGGAAGCGUUCUAUAAGGAGGUGAUCUGCCGCUGGCAGCCCCCGCUGGCGAUUAUCUCAGACAGGGACCCCAAAUUCACGUCGCAAUUUUGGAAGUGCGUUCUUCGGUUGAUGGGAGUCAAGAGCUGGAUGACGACCGCCUACAAUCCUCGCUCAAAGGGCCAAAGUGAACGAACCAAUCUCACUGUCGAAGUCACCUUGCGAGCGCUUCUCAUAGGCAAGUAUGAAGCGGGCUGGAACGCCCUGCUCAACCAGGUGGAAAGAACGUUAAAUUCGGUAGCUGCCCACCCGGCAGCGAUCUCUCCUUUCGAGUUACUCACGGGCGUGAAACCAAGGUGGCUACCAUUAAAGAACGAGGAAGCUCCGGCGGACGUAGCUGAGUUCAUCGCCGCACGGGACGCAGUGCGGCGGGACGUCCUGGAUUUGUACGCUCUCGCAAAAGCCAAGAUGGCCGAGUCCUUCGACCGCUCCCACUCUCAGCCAAUCAUUCGGGUAGGCGACUUCGCGUUCCUGAACCUGGCCCGCAAAAACGAGAAAGGGUAUGUCGUUCGAGGAUCCUCCAAACUUUCGCCCCUGCGAAUAGGCCCAUUCAAGGUCGUCGAGAAGAUCUCGGAUGUCGCCUUCCGCCUACAGCUUCCCCCCAAAUGGCGUAUGCACCCCGUUAUUUCCGUCAUUCAUUUGGAAAAGACGCUCUUACGUCCCGCAAACCUCGAACACCCGCCACCCGAACCAGUCAUGGUAGAUGGUCAGCCACAAUUUGAGAUCGAAAAGAUCAUCGGAAGACGCAUGGAGAGCGGCGAGACCUACCUCCAGAUCAAGUGGAAAGGAUACGAAGACCCAACCUGGGAAUCUCUCGACGUGAUCGCAGAGGAUACCCCGGACCUUGUCAAAGCCUUCAUGGCCAAGAAGCCGCGCGGUCGACCGCGUAAAAAGUAA